GCUGACGAGUCGCGUUUUUUUUCUGCACGAUCAUACUUCCGACCAAGACUCACAAGGUUGACUUCUGCCAAGUCCUGCCAACAGUCCCCGCACUAAAGACACUGGUUCACUCAGUCUCUGUACGGCAAGGUGGUCAUCCUUCGAAGUUUUUGUCGUGCACCGUUACUCCUUUAGUACGGCGAAAAAAAACAGCCAUUUCCACCGUCCUUCUUUUCUUCUACAUAGACUACUUGGAUGGCUGAAGGGGUCGACUAUGAGGCACUCCCAUCCGACGCAAGCCUUGGGGUUAACAUGCUCGCCGGUGCUCUGGCUGGUAUCACAGAACAUGCAGUCAUGUUCCCAAUAGACAGCAUAAAAACACGAAUGCAAGUAUUUGCCACGUCACCUGCCGCUGUUUACACAGGGAUCGGAAAUGCAUUCACUCGGAUAUCAUCUACAGAAGGCAUGCGAGCUCUAUGGCGAGGAGUCUCCUCAGUGAUAUUGGGUGCGGGACCAGCACAUGCAGUUCACUUUGGGACGUAUGAGGCGAUCAAGGAAUUAGCGGGCGGAAAUGCUGCUGGAAAUCAGUGGCUUGCAACAUCACUGGCAGGUGCAUCCGCCACCAUUGCUAGCGACGCCCUCAUGAACCCAUUCGAUGUCAUCAAGCAACGCAUGCAGGUGCACCAGUCGGAGUUCCGCUCCGUGUUUACUGCAUUGCAGGUCGUGUACCGGAAAGAGGGUCUCGCCGCGUUCUAUGUCUCGUAUCCCACAACCCUGAUGAUGUCAGUCCCAUUCACGGCCGUGCAAUUCACAGUCUAUGAACACAUGAAAAAGCUCCUAAAUCCAUCGUGCUCCUACUCGCCCGUUACACAUAUGAUUGCAGGUGGUGUGGCAGGCGGCGUGGCGGCAGGUGUUACCACUCCUUUGGAUGUUGCGAAAACCCUCUUGCAGACCAGAGGCUCAUCACAUGAUCCGGAGAUUCGAAGAGUCGGCGGAAUGUUGGAUGCAUUUCGUAUAAUAUGGAGGAGAGAUGGAAUAAAAGGGUUUGGUCGGGGAAUGUCGCCACGAAUUUUGACGCACAUGCCCAGUAACGCGUUAUGUUGGCUAUCUUAUGAGUUUUUCAAGGUUGCUAUUCGCGAGCAAUGAUACAAUCGCGUCCUCCAUAGACAGCAAGACAUGGACCGUACUUGCAUGAUGCCACAUUAGUGUCAUUUCAUCACUAUCGCAUUUUUCUCCGCUACAUUACUAUCAGGUUAUUUCAGUCAGCUGCUAUAUAACACUGACAGUCUUUUGAGAUCCGCAUGCUCCCGCAGAGACCUGUCAGAUCCAGAGGUUCAGUACAAGACCAGUGAGAUUACUAUAGAUUGAGUCCAGUUUGCCAAAGAACCUCGGUGCAUAUGGCAAGACUGUGAGUAUGAUAACAGCUACUGUGGCUCGGCUCUCCUGACACC